GCAAACUACCUUUUGAAGUAGGCAAUCUGAAAAAUAUUAACUUGAUAUUUCUGAGAAUAAUUUGUCUGGGGAAAUUCCUAACUCCAUAGGAAAUUGUUUGAGUUUGGAGUACCUUAGCUUGCAAGGUAAUUCCUUUGAAGGAUCCUUACCUUCAUUUAUGGCUUUCUUAAAAGGCCUCAAAUUCCUUAAUGUUUCAAGAAAUAACCUGUCAGGCUCAAUUCCAAAAGCUUUAGAAGAGCUUCCUUCUUUAAAAAAAUUGAACCUUUCAUUCAAUGAUAUCGAGGGUGAGGUGCCAAUAGAGGGAGUUUUCAAAAAUGCAAGUGCUAUAUCAGUGAUCGAAAAUACUAAACUUUGUGGUGGUGUUCCACAAUUGAUGUUGCCUCCCUGUCUAGUUGAAGUUAUGAAACCUACAAAGCCCCUUUCAUUCAAACUUAAAAUUGCAAUCAUUAUUGUCAUUGUAUGUUUCCUUCUAUUUUCACUCAUUCUUUUUCUUCAUUGGAGGAAAAUAUCAAAAAGGAAUUCAUCUUCUUUGGGCUCAAUAAUAGACCUCCUUCCAAAUGUUUCUUAUAAAAUGCUUUAUCAGGCAACCAAUGGAUUUUCUUCUAGUAACUUAGUUGGGAUUGGUAGUUUUGGCUUUGUAUAUAAAAGAUUUCUUCACCCCAAGGAAAGAUUAGUUCCUGUAAAGGUCCUUAACCUUCAACAAAAGGGUGCUUCCAAGAGUUUUAUGGCUGAAUGUAAUGUACUAAGAAAUAUCCGACAUAGGAAUCUUGUCAAGAUAUUAAUAUGUUGCUCGAGCAUGGAUUACAGUGGGAAUCAAUUUAAAGCUCUAAUCUUUGAAUUCAUGACAAAUGGGAGUCUAGAUAUUUGGCUUCAUCCAAAUAUAGAUAGGGAAGAUCAAUUAGGGGUCUUGAGCUUUCUUCAAAGACUAAAUAUUGCAAUUGAUGUUGCUUGUGCAUUAGAUUAUCUUCACAACCAUUCUGUGCAACCAAUCAUUCAUUGUGAUUUGAAGUGAAGCAAUAUUCUUCUUGACAAUGAUAUGAUUGCUCAUCUAAGUGAUUUUGGUUUAGUGAGACUCCUUUCAACUGUUAUCGAUUCUUCUCAAAAGCAAACUAGUACAAUUGGUAUAAAAGGGAUCUAUUGGCUAU